ACCCAGGGAUGGGGACGGGUCAGGGGGUAGCCCGGGCCGGGGCCCUGGGGGGGCUGACAUGCACCGGGCAUCUCAGAGGUGCUGAUGAGCACCGCGGGGGCUGGGGCAGAGGCAGGCGGGGGUCCCGAGGGAGGAGGGCACGCCGAGAAGCAGCACUGGGGUGCGUGGGACGUCCCGCGUCGGGAACCGUGCUUGGUGCUCCCGCGAUUUCUGGGCCGGGGUGUGGGGUGUGCCGGAGAGGGCGAUGGGAUGGGACAGGGUGCGGGGAUGGGCGCAGGACAGCGCGGAGGCUGACGGCCCCUCCAGGCUCCUGGGUGGAGCUGCGGUGUGGCCCAGGUUGUCCCGAGCCGGCGCCCUCGCCGUUCUCCUGCCACGCCGACGUGGAGCGGAUGCUGCUGGAAGCCCAACUGGAAACGGAGAGCGGGGACGGGGCCCUGUUCGUGCUGGAUGCUCCAGCCUGGGAUGACAACGGAGCCGGCCAGGCAAGUGAGCAGUCGGAGGAGAGCGAGGUGCUGCCUGCACACAGCCAGCCCCAACCAGGCUGCCCCCACCCUCGGCAGUGGAAUGUGCUGCAGGAAACCAAGCGGAGACAGCGACUCUUGCCAGCAUCCCUGGGCUGGGCCUGUAGCCGCUGCCCUCGGUACCUGUCUCCAAAGGAAUUUGCCUUUGUGUGCUCCCCCCAGCCUGUGCUGUGGAGCCUGCAGGGAGGUGCAGUGGGGAGGAAGAAGAGACUUUUCAGUUCAGAGCUGCUGCUUCUCUUCAUCCCCUCGCUGCUGCUCAGCCACCUCCUGACCCUGGGGCUGGGGAUCUACAUUGGGAAGCGUCUAGCAGCCUCCUCGGCCAACCCCCUGUGAGGAGCCAGGUCAGCACGCGCUGCCCCGCUCGGUGUGCAGGGGGAGCCCGGCACCGGCACAGCCCGACGGCUCCCAGGCUCCGUGUUUGUGGCACAAGGUGCCGCCUCCCCGUGUACCUCCUCUAGCCCCCGCCCUGGGAGCUGAUCCCUCUCUCCCACGUAGACGGGAACCUGAUGACAGCAGCAUCCAGCCGCAGGCAGACCCUGCCCUCCCCAGCCCCUGCUUACGGGUCCGGGUCCCCUGUAACACAGACUGUAAAUAUGGCUGAGCCCCUGUGAAUAAAGAGCCCUGUGCCAGCUCGGGGGCCCAGCAGUGA